CCGGGGUCCGCAGCCCGCGGAGGGGGCUCUGCCGGAGGGGACGUGGCCACGGGCGGACGCGGGAGGCCGGGGCUUGCCCGGGGCCUCUGCCCUGAGCGCUGCCCCUCGGCGCUGGGCGCCAGGGAAGGGCAGGGCGAGGCAGAGCUCCGCGCAUCCUGCUGAGGAGGACUAGUAGGAACGGUCCGACUGCUCCAAAUACUGCUGUGAGGGACCCUGGUGUGAGAAUCCUCUGUUCAGCCCCACAGAGGGAACCAUCUGCAGGCAGCGGUGCUUGCAGAUGGGACAGAUAACUGAGCCUGGAGUGGCAGGGAGAAUUGUCCAAACCUCACGAAAUACCUCAGAAAAUGCAGUGGAGGGGGAAGCACCACAUGACGUUCGUCUCUGGGAUUGUUGUGGCCCUUGCCCACCCAAGUGUGCAUGUGUAGGGACAUGUAGUUUCUUCCUUAAAGGUUACCACUAACAUUUGAACAUUGAUGUGCAUUUCAAGCCAGUUUCACACUGGGAGUAAAGUUAAAUCUAAAUAUAAAGCUGAGCCAGAAUUGCUUUCACCUGUGUUAAGUGGUGCCACACAGAAUGAUGGAGUUGACAAGUGUAACCCAGGGUGGUUCUGGUGUUUUCUCGAGGUGAGCUAUGAGUUACCUGGCCCUUACGAACGCUUUCUCCCAAUGCGGGGGGAAAUGGUUAUGUAACCUCCCUGCAUUGACCAAGGUUUUCCCUCACUCUGGUCACAUCUUUGGUCUGAGAGUUACCAAGAACAUGUCACUCAUUUGUUCACUUAGGACUCACAAGGGAUGUAAAGUAUUUAAGAUGAAUAAAUAUCCUUUGGAAUUAUUUGGAAGAUAUUUAUAGCUUGAUUAGGCAAAAGUUUGCCUAUGUUAUAAGCAAGAAAAGUUUCCUAUGUUUGUAUUUUUUUGUUGUGGUGGUGGUGGUUUUGUUUCUUGUCGUUUGUUUGUUUGUUUGUUUCCCUGUAGGCAAAAAGAGUAUCAGAAAAGUGUUUGAGUUCUUCACCGGAUCACUGAAGGAAUCACAGAAGCCUUAGAUUUUAUUAGGAAUCCUGAGUGUGUGCUAAGUCUUUAAGACACUGGUGUAGAUAUGAAGAAGAAAUUGAACUGAGUAGCCAGAGCUACUAGAGUUUCCCUUUAAGGGAAAUUUAAAGGGAAAAGGGGAUAUCCUACUGACAAAUUUUAGAAUUAAACUAGAAAGAGUUUUAAAUAGUUCCCAUAAGACAAAAAUGUACUAUAAGAAGUCUGAGCAGGGUUUAUAGCACCAUCUCCUUGUAGUUACUGUAAAUUGCCUGAAGUCCCCUCAGGCUGAUACCGGUUGGGGUAACUGCUUCUCUGCAGUGAAAAGGGUGGGGGAUCUUUGAACGCCAGAAGGGCUUGUCUUUCCUUUGUAUCCCUGCAGCUGGGGGGCGGGACACUCCUUACUGUGCAGUUUUUAGAUCUGUGUGGCUGAUUGUAUGUGGGCACCUGACAGAUCUGUCUCAUUCAUGCUUCACUCACUUGGGAUGUAGAGACUGUUGCCCUCAUGUUUGACAGCUAUUCCGUAGUCCCCUGGUAGUUCCACACCCUUCACACCUUCCAGAGUUUUACUGGUUAGAAAUCUGAAACCAUGGGUGACUGGAGCUUUCUGGGGAGACUGUUAGAGAAUGCGCAGGAGCACUCCACGGUUAUUGGCAAGGUUUGGCUGACAGUACUGUUUAUCUUCAGGAUACUGGUGCUGGGGGCAGCUGCUGAGGAGGUCUGGGGAGACGAGCAGUCAGACUUUACCUGCAAUACUCAGCAACCUGGUUGCGAAAAUGUUUGCUAUGACAAAGCCUUCCCCAUUUCUCACAUCCGAUUCUGGGUGCUGCAGAUCAUUUUUGUCUCUACUCCAACCCUCAUCUACUUGGGCCAUGUGCUGCAUAUUGUACGCAUGGAGGAAAAGAGGAAAGAGAAAGAAGAGCUGAAGAAGAAAGGAAAUGUCAAAGACAGCAACUACCCAGGAGCAGGAGCAUCUGGCAGUGGUGGUGGAGGAGGCAACAAUAACAUCAAGGAUCCUAUUGGCAAAAAGGGGAAGGAGAAGCUGCCAAUCCGUGAUGAACGUGGUAGAAUCCGUAUGGGGGGUGCCCUGCUCCGUACAUACGUCUUCAACAUAAUUUUCAAGACACUGCUUGAGGUGGGCUUCAUUGUGGGCCAGUACUUCUUAUAUGGCUUUGAGCUAAAGCCAGUCUACCAGUGCAGCCGUGCACCUUGCCCACACACUGUGGACUGCUUCAUCUCAAGGCCCACUGAGAAGACCAUCUUCAUCAUCUUCAUGUUGGUGGUGGCCUCUGUCUCUCUGCUGUUGAACAUGCUUGAGAUAUAUCACUUGGGGUGGAAGAAGCUUAAGCAGGGCAUGACAAGCCGCUACAGCCUUGAGAUGCCUGUUGCAACAAUGACGCCAGUCAUGGUAACAGGGGAGUCCAAACCUGUUGCCUUGCCACCACCAGCACCACCCAUGGUGGUCACAACAGCUGCACCCCCCCCUGUUCUGCCUGAUACCCGCACUGUCACACCACUGCUGGCCCCGGUGACCAUGGCACCAUACUAUGCUGCAGCUACUCCAAGACCACGGCCCCCCUCCAACACGACCUCCAUGACCAGCUACCCCGUUUCUCCACCGGUUCCUGAGGAGAGGCACCGUGCUGUGACUCCCACACCCAUCUCCACUCCUGUCACCAUUCCGACCCCCAUCGCCACGCCCACGCCAGCCGUCAUCAACUACUUCAACAGCAACAGCCAUGCCCUGGCAGCCGAGCAGAACUGGGUCAACAUGGCAGCUGAGCAGCAGGGGAAGGCACCUUCCAGCUCGGCCGGCUCCUCUACCCCCAGCAGUGUCCGGCAUCCCCUCCCUGAGCAGCAAGAGCCGCUGGAGCAGCUGCUUCCACCACCGGCUGCACCACCCAUUGCUGCGGCCAACAGCCGCAGCAGCACCAGCCUGAGUGGGGCAAGUGGCAGUAAGUGGGGUGUGGAGGGUGAGGAGGAGCUGUUGGGGGAACAGCCCAUCUCAGCUGCCUGUACCACUGUGGAGAUGCACGAGCUGCCACUGCUCGUAGACACACGGCGCUUGAGCAGGGCCAGUAAGUCGAGCAGCUGCAGAGCCAGGUCAGACGACCUGGCCGUGUAGUGUGGUCGCCUCUGCUCAGAGGAGCAGGUGAUGGAAGGCAGAGCGGGCAGGGGAGUGCCCAGGGAGGCUGGGCCUGGCGUGGGUGGGAAGGCCUGGGUUUCAAACUUUGACGCUUGCUGUUUUCACACUCUGUGAGUUGUAGUGGGGAAAAAUAUCAACAUUUUCUAAUAGGUCAGGGGUGGCCGAAGCACAGCCUGCGAGCCAGGGGACCCAAUCCGCUUUCCUUCAUGUCCACGGCAGAUCUCCCAAUGGCAGCCACAGGGGAGGCCUGCACAGGUUACAGGUGGUGAUGGUAGCUGGUCAUGUGCCCUGAGACUGACUUCCAUCGGAGAAAAAUGUUAAUAUCCCUAGUGCCCCUGUGCCUGGCCAUCAUCUCCCUGUUGCCCUUGCCUUUACUUCCACCCUGUUUCACAUAAGCUCUACAUGAGUGGAUGUGAUGACUUAUUUUCUUCCUCUUAAAUCUUACAUGGCGCUAUGGCAAACAUCAGGGUGGCAUAUUGCCUCUUGGCACCUGUCAUCUCUGCGGACCAACUUGCCAUAUUAAAGGUGACUCAGUCUCUUCCAUAUAACAUGGCUCAAUGAAGCCCGUGUGCUCAUGGCAAAUCGCCAGUGUGGUCCUCGGCCGGGCAAAGUUUAGGUGACCCCUGUAAUAGAUUUUUGAGCUUCAUCUUUCUUUAUAUUUUUUUUUUACUCUUGAUCUGUUAGGAAGUGUUUGGUUUGACCUUCUAUUCAGUGUUUGCCAAUCAUGAUCACACCAUGUUUUUAAGCCCACAAAUGUGUUUGAGCAUGUUUGAUCAUAAUUUUAGAUGACUUCUGAAAUUGCUUAGAGGAGGACAGGAAUUUAAAACACACCUCAGAAAUUAUUACACAUUUCUCUUCAGAAGGCAAGGAUUAUUAUUUCAAUACAUUGUGGCCCCAUACGUUGCCCGUGGACAAACAAUAGGAUAAAGUACAGCUCUGCAUUUUAGACUAUUAGAUAUCAGCUUAAGUUUGUUGGAAAAAUGCUUUUUAGAAGUAAACUUGAGUGCAUAUUUUUAAGUAUUUGAACAUUUUGAGAAUAAUUUUGAUCUGUAGGUUUAAAGUUACGUGACUCUCUACUUAAUCAUUUUAGUUUGAUCUUUGAUCUUACAAGAAAAUGUAAGGGGAAAGAAAAUUACUAAUGGUAAAAUUCCCCAAGGAACAUUAUUUCUUCUGGUCUUCUACCUUUUCCUUGAACAACAAUCUGUAGUGUCUUACAGGUCAGUGAAAACAGAUUUAGACAGUGUUUUGUUGCAGAAAGGUGGCCAAAAUAUUGGGGCAACAUGCUGGGCUGAAGGGUCUGUUCUUAUCCCACUGAAGUCACUUGCAGAAUUUCCGUUCAAUUUAACAAGGAGCAAGAUUUGGGGAUGGAUUUUGAAGGUCUUAUUCAAGCAAAACUAACAUUCACAUGGAGUUUUGGGAGCCGGAAGGAAUGUAGAUUUGGGGCCUUAGAUAAAGACAUUAAAAUCCUGCUCUUGGAAAUUGUGCGUUUCCCUUAAAAAUGGGUGGAGGAAAUUACUGGAUAAUUUUGAUUAAGGUGCAGCUUUCCUUACAACUUUCUCUGCCCUUCAUUCCUUUGUAACAAAUACUCUCACAGACAUUAGUCAGAAUUUUGAAUGCCUAAUAAAGCUCGGGAGAGUUUGGAUACAAAGGGAAUACAAGAUUAGGCCCAACUUCUGUUCUAAGCAAAAGCCAAAAGAACUGAAGCUCGGAGUCAGUCCUGUUGCUGCUGUGAAUUGAAAGUACUGUAGUUGGAGAAGAGCAGCCCAACACACUGGGAUAGCCCUUUGCAUCCUCAAAGUAUUUGGCCUGACAGUGCAGUCCUUACUCAGGCAAAGCAGGAUUACCCUGUAGCAAGUAGUUACAACUGUGAGUUACCUCUGCUGUUAAAUGUUUUCCUGAAUGUGUUUAUUUUAUUCAACGGUUUAAAUAUAUUCCCACCACUCAAGAUAAAAACAUUUAUUUUUAGUGCUUUCUGAGCAGAGAUGGAGAGUUUCUCAUAAUCAGAAGCACUGUUCUGCAACACUUGGACAUGUUGUCUCAUGACUUCCUUGACCUGCUUGUGCUGAACCAGGGCAGGAGGAGUCUUUCUGCUGCCACUGGUCUUGGGGCAGAUGCUCCAUUAAAAAUCAAUGGACAGUGGUACAAUAAAGGUAUUUUCUAUUAGGUGUUUAGCUUCAGGCAUGCUCUCAUGAAUUUUCUGUGUUAUAAGCCAUAAAAACCCUUUCUGCAAGAAAGUUAAAAGCUAAGUUCUGCUUUCUGUUGUACCCAUGCAACUAUGUUGUACUUCAACUAAAGUUUAUAAAGUUGCCUAGAUGUAGACAAAGGCAGAGUUUAACACUCAACAUUUUUAGAUUUAUAGUAGCAGUUUUGUAAGUUUUGCUAAGUGCCAAGUAAUUAUAUUGCUGAAAUAAUCCAAUAGGCAACUCUGUAUUUUAGUACAUCAAAAUUCAUGGGCUAAAUUUUCUUUUAUGCUUCUGAAGGAUGAAAUCAAAGUCUUUCUGGAGUGUAUUUAUAUAUACCAGACCACCUGGAUUAUGUGCUUUUUUAUAGCAAUGUCUGAGAGCAAAACUGACUUGUUUGAUGGAGGUCUGAAUCUUGCAGCCCUUACUUUAGUACAACCCUCACAGAGUGUGUCCUGCAGGAUUGGAAUAAUCUUGUAUAUAAAAAAAUAUCGGAGAUAGGUUUAGCUUAGGAUCAACUGAUACCUGGUCUGCCCUUCUCAAGUUAAUGAUGUGCAGAGAGUUCAGGUGCUUUUGUGGAAUAUAUGGUAUUUUCAGGCAGAGUAACUACUGGAAAGCUAUAAAAGAUCAUUUUUCCUGUUAGGUGAAGCUUAAGCAGAGAAAUGUAAUUCUCCUGCAACCCCUAAGAGAAAUUUGACAGAGCAUCCAAGCAGUACUGGUCUGAGAAAGCAAAGCUACAACUCCCAAGUUGUGCUUUGAAGAUGAACUUAGGUUGCAUCACAUAACUACACAGUGUCAAGGCUCUUGGUUACCUACCAUUUCAUUUGGAGUCCGGUAAUUGUUUCUUCAUUUAAGCCCUCCCCCUUAGUGCUUACAACUGCUUUUAGUUGCCACAUCACACCUGGAAUCAGAUUUGUUGAAAAAAAAUUAUUGGUGUGGCUGAUUUUGGGUACUUCAGUCUUUACUCAUGGAUGAUCACUGAAUUCACCAUGCUAGGAGUAAAGCAUAACUAUGCACACUUCCAUAGUUGUAGAAAAUACGUACAAACACCAACUCACUUGCAUAACAGUCUGUUGGCAAAAAUAAUCUGCUAAUUUCUGAGUUGUUUACUCUUUCAUAUCGAUUAAUUCCAAAGAGGGAACUGGUAGCAAGUGAUAAUUUGAUAUAGUGUGGUCAUAUGGCUGUUCAAGCCACAAUCCUGAAAGAUCUUAGACACACAGCUAACAUGAUGCCAGUAGAUCAGUUACUGCAAAAGUGGAAGUCAGAAAAGAAUCAUGCCUGAUAUUAAGCAAACUGAAAAAAGACCCUGAAACACUCAGUUUUGCUCUUGGAGUAGAAUGAUUGUGGGAUAAUAGUUCUCUCUCUUAUUUGAAGUUUAAAAUAAUGCUAAGGUAAACUAUGGAAAAGAAGGGGAGAAAACUGGAACAAGAUACUCUCUGAACAAGUUAUCAGGUGUAUGAUGUGCUACUCUUUUUGCAAUAUGUCUGCUCACUGGUACUAGUUGACCCUGUUUGGAGCACAGGGGGUUGGGAUAGAUAAAUGCCUUCCAGAGAUCCCUUCCAACUGCAAUGAUUGUAUGAAACAUAUUUUCCAAAUCACUGAUGUGGCCUUAAAUUUUGACAAAUGAAGACAACCUCCUGGAACCCUCCCUUUAUUGAAGUGGAAUAUUUUAUCUAUGAAAAUCAAUUUCUUGUUUUUCCAUAGACAAAAAAGUACUCCUUGAAUUUGUAGGUCUGUGCUGGCACUGAAAAUCAUUGCUUCUUGAAAAUAGGUAGCAUGCACUGGAAAAGCAGAUGUGCUCUUUUCUGGUAAUUUGGAAGCCCGUUGUGUGAGAAGUGGGUCCAGGGAUUGAUUUGACUCAGUAUAUUUGUCAUUCAUGAAGGUACUUGGAGCUAAUUAAAUGUCUGACAUUUUGCAGCUCUUGAGAUUAUUUUCUGGUAUGAGUACUUGAGUGUAGGAUCAGUAAAAUAAUUAAGGCAAGCUUUGAAAAUCAGAUCAGUACUUAGGUCCUUUUUUUGGUUAGACAUGGAUCCGCUUCCUCAGCUCCUACGAACUGUUGGAUCCCACUGAGUUUGCGUGGGUGACAAGAGUCUGCUGAAGCUGAGCACUGAGCCCCCAGAUCUUUUUGUUUACUACAGACACUAACACUGUGGAUUUGAACAGGCUGGGUUUGUUCUUUUUUUUUUUUCCUUUUUUUUUUUUUCUUUUUUUUUUUUUUUAAUUUCAAAUGGUUUUGUUUAAUUUACUUUGAUUUUUCUUGUGAAAAGUGUGCUCUUCUAAUUUUGAUUUUCUGAAGUUUACAUUCAGGUUUUGAUUUCAGAUUGCACAUUUGGAUGAAAUAAACUGUUUUCUAAGUUUACAUUUGUAUAAGAAGUAAAAGAAUGACUCUGCCAAUUUGUUAAACCUGAGAGAAAUGUCUUACUAGAACACACAAACUCUUCAGGCAUAAGGCAGUACCAUUAAAGAUGAUUUAACCUGACCACUCAUCUACAGUACCAGUUUUCUCUGUGUAUUUAAAGUAUGGGAGCUGGAUAUAUAGGGAGCACGCUAUGGAAGGAGAUACUUUCCAUCGUGAACUCAAUUAUUACCAAAUAAACUAAGGUUCAUUAUUAUUGAUAUGCUUUCUUGUGUGUUUAGAGGUUCAAUGACAAAAACUAGCUGUGACGUAUGUCCUUUAAGAGCUAAAUUUACAGCCUGGUUUAAAAUUCCAAACAAAAUACUCGUGGAGAAACACUGCACUGUUGCACUGUAGAAGAUUUUACAAAAGAGAAAUGUUUUGCUUUCUAGCCAAAAAUAUGGUUCUGAGCCUGCAAAUACAAUUUCACGCAAGUUAUUUUUACUCUUGCAAAUGACCAUUAAUGGGACUAUUUGCAUAAGCAAAAAAAACACCAAUGUGAAAAAGAAGUUGUAGAUUUGUAUUUUAAGUGUGUUAUAAGAUGCCAAUCAAAUUCCAGAAGUUUCAGUCCUUUAAGAGUUAUGCAAGAUAUGUGAACAUUUUUAAGGUGGAGAAUAUAUUCCUAUUCCCAUUGACACUGUUUCUCACAGUUAAAGGGUUGUAAAGCAUGAGAAAGCUUACUCAGAGCUUUCUUUUUGCUUAGCGGAUGUUUGUCUUUUACAUGAUAGAGCUUUCUGAGCCGUCAGGAACUUGUAGUAACAAUAAAAACAAUCAACAGUUAAAAGUGCUGUCUUCAAAGAAGUGCCUUGUGUAUUAAAUUCUGUAAGAAACAAAUUGAUGUGAAUGUUGAUUUACCUCAUGUUUACAGAAUCGUGACUAAAUAAACUUUUUGUAUCACA